GUCACAAUAUUAUAAUCACUCGUCAGCUCAUAACAAUUAAAAGCUGUUCAAGAAUAUGCAAAAUCGAAAAAAUAGCAAGAAAUACUUUCACGCUAACUUAUAUCAAAUCAUUUUUCCUUGUUCAUUUGUUUUAAUUUAAAAUAAAUAACAAUUUUGAUAAUUUACCACAUACAAAAAAUUAGGAAUAUCUAAAAUAAAACUAACCUUGAACAAAAUUGAGACAAUCUGUUGUUACCGUUAACUAACGGUCCGUCACCUGUGUCUAUUCAUUGCUUCUGUCCCAAAUCCCUUACCAAAAUUGGGGGAAAAAAGCCCUAAUGGCUGCCCAAUUACUAUGUACGAAUUCAUCUUCUUCAAUCCACAAUUCGUCGCUAAUUUGCAAAAAUGCAGAUGAAUUCGUUCGAUUUCCUCAAUUAAUUCGAUGCUCGCGACCCCAUAAUUCGGUGAAACAGAGCUUAGUGAGGAAAGCAUCAUCGACAAUCCAAUGUUCAGAAAAGCAAACUCAAAUUCAAACUGAAACCCCUCAUCGCACGUGCAAGAAUUGCAAAACCCAGUUCGAUCCUUCGCUGAAUCACCCACGUGCUUGCCGUUAUCACACUGCUCAUUAUGGAGGAGAAACGAGGAGAAAAUUCGAGAGUGUAUAUACAGGUGGCACAAUGAACACCCCCGGCUCUGGAAAAGUUGUACAAUACUGGCAUUGUUGUGGCUCCGAAGAUCCCUUUGAUCCCGGAUGCACUGCAGCCCCUCACUCUUCGUACGAUGACUGAUAUAUAUAUAUAUAUAUAUAUAUAUAUAUAUAUAUAUAUAUAUAUAUACAUGGUGAUUCUUCAUCUUUUUCUCUCUUGUAACGGAAGUUACUGCCCGUUUUUUUUUUCUGUAGCUCGUAUUCUUGAAAAUGUAAAGCUAUAUACCUUUUUUCCAAUGUGUCUCUACAUGUUUGGGUUCUUCUCGCUUUGGUUCGGAUUGUCGGAUUAUACUUGUCAUGUGAUUAGUGGUUCGUCUAAUUACGUUUUAGUUGAUAUCUCGAUUUUUCUUGAAGUUGCUGAUGCCGGACAUUAUUUUGAAAUUCAGACAUUCCCUUUUGAUGUAGU